AUGGACGACACUUCCUCCAAACGCAAACGGUCAAAACAUGACUCAGAUAAGAAACACAAGAAGCGGAGCAAACACGAUGACGAAGAUGGGGAACGGAAACACAAAAAGUCCAAAAAAGUAACGAUUGUUGACGAGGACCCGAACGAGGAGGAUAUGUGGGUCGAGAAGAAUAUUGACAUGGACGGCGAACGCCUUCUUACAACGGACAUUCCGACUGCAAAAAGCCUCAAACUCACGUCUGCCGCAAUUCCAAGCAGGUCAGAACCGCCAUUACAACGCGAUGACUGGAUGCUCGCUCCCGCGUCGGAAACACCACAGCCUGCUCGGAAACGCAUUGAGGGUCUGUCUGGUGACGAAUCAUUCACGGAAGACUAUGGUGAACCUUCGCAAAAUCAGCGGACGCUGGCUGGUGGGGUCGACUUCUUCUCGAGCUUGGGCACGGAAGUGAAGCGGAGAGGCAAAGACGACCGCCCUGACCCGACCAAGCCCGUGGUCCAUGCUAAAGAGCUCAAUCCAGAAGUCAAACUAGGAAUGACGCCUAAUGCUACUGCUCCGCCUCCCAAAACAAAUACUCCUGGUGGUCCCGGCUCCUCAUGGCGGAUGAUGCGACUACGAAAAGUGUACGAAACAGCAGAGGAAGAGGGACUUUCCAUCGAACAGGUUGCUGUUGACCGUUUUGGUUCAUUGGAAGCAUUUGAGGAAGCGAAGGAAGAAAGGCGAAUACUUGAUGAGCGAGAAGAAAAGCGAUCUGGUCGUAGAGAUGCUGAUCGUGGGCGGCCUGAGGGAGAACGACGAUUCAUGUUCAACGAUGUCAAUGCUAGUGGUGGAUCUAGCCGAAGCUCGUCAUUUCGCCGGCCUGGCGGGCCAAGUGGUGGUAGUGGGCCAUCUACGCCUGCUGCUACUGCACCAACAAACCGACGACUUGAUGCUCUCCGUCUUCCAUCAGCAGCCAGUUCACCGCUUGCUCAAGCGCGAACGCCAAUACCCUCGGUUAUGACCCCAUCUGCUGGCACCUCCAAGUCACGCGCGCUUUCACCUUCGUCACUCAACCGAUUGCAAGCGAAAGUAAUACGAGCAAAACUGAUGGGAGCACCAGAUGCAGACGCGCUUGAACGAGAGUAUGAGGCGGAGGCACGCAAAGCAAACGGUGGCGGUGACGAAGGUGGAGUGCGGACUCGUGUUGAAGUUCUCCCCACCCUCGAUGGACAUGGUCGCUUAUAUGAUGUUGGGCAUGGCGCCGAGGACGAUCGAGUUCGUCCAGGUAAUCGGAGAAAGAAAGAAGAAAAGUUUGAAACCCACGAUCCCAAAACUGGCGAGAUCCUCCGGUAUAACGCAAACGACGACACGACCACUUUGGGCGAAAUGCUGAGGCAAGAAAGAUUCGGUGGCGGAAUGGCAGACCAGAAGAAUCUGGAUGCCGAAUUCGCGCGUUCCAUCAUGAGCGACGGCAAGUUUCAGAACGAUCUGGACUACAUCGACGACAACGCCGAGAAGCUCGGUCGUCAAAAGAUGCGUUCGGACGCGAUGAAGCGACAAUUCGCUAUCAAUGAUUACAAGCGGACACAAAAGGUGUUGGCAGAAUGCCACUUUUGCUAUGGCGAAGAUGGGGAGACGCCACCCAAAGCUCCGGUUGUUGCGAUGGGCACUCGGGCAUAUUUGUCAUGCACAACGAACGAAGAACUUGUUAAGGGGCAUUGCCUUAUUGUGCCUAUCCAACACCACCUCAACAUGCUUGAAGCAGAUGAUGACGUCUGGGACGAAGUUCGGAACUUUAUGAAAUGCCUCAUGCGCAUGUUUGCAGAGGACGACCAAGGCGUGAUCUUCUACGAGACUGUCAUCUCUCUGAAAGGACAAAAACACACGUUCAUCGAAUGCAUUCCGCUGCCCUGGGAACAAUUUGAAGACAUCCCACAAUAUUUCAAGGAAUCUAUCCUCGCUUCUGAGGCGGAGUGGUCACAGCACAAAAAACUCAUCGACUUUUCAAGUCGUCCGGGUGGAUUUAGGCGGGCCAUGGUGCCUAAUUUGCCUUAUUUUAUGGUGCAGUUCGACUACAAAGGCGAGAAGGGUUACGGCCAUGUCAUCGAAGGUACUGGUGACGGUGGGGCGGAAGAAGAAGAUGCCGCGGGAUUCGAAGAGGGGGAGAAAGGCGGUGGUGAGUUUCCGAGAUAUUUUGCGGGGGAAAUCAUUGGCAAUGUUUUGGAGCUGGAACCUAGGAAAUGGCGGCGACCGAAACGAGUGGAUUUCCGGAGCAACAAGGAACGGGUCGGAGAACUCAGAAAGAAGUUUGACAAAUUCGAUUGGACGGCGAUGAUCGGGAAAGCCUCAAUCAUACGCGGUGCCCCUAAUCCGUCUUGCAGUCUGACUCUCAUGUUGCACACACUCGUUCUGUUGACAGCGUCAACCCCCUCGUCGGUGAUCUACGCUGCAAGUGCUUUCGUGUUUUGUGGCAGACCCAGGCGCCCCAUCAACCAUUUCGUCGUCUACCUCAACCGACCGAUGUCAGAGUUGCCUCUCUAUAAACACAACUACAGAUCUUUGGUUAUAGGCAGCUAUACUUCCGACCUUGUCAUGCUUGCCGCUUUCGACCAGAAACACAUCAGAAUCCGUCCCUCUUCCGAAUGCUUGAAGGCCCGUUACCUAGCAUAUGUUCGAAAGACAACGAAAUUCUUGCAGACAUAUGACACUCUGUUUCUUCCCCUUCUUGCUUCUUUCAAAGAGGGCACCGUUGACCUUGGACAAGGGGUAGGGAUUACUGUCGAAGAAUUAGCUUCGGUACUUCCAACCUCCUCGAAUGUCAUUUUGUGGAUGCCCGAAUGCGACGACGCGUGCUGGUCGCAACCUGGACUACCGUGGACCGUUCUUGGCCGCAAGAGCUGCCUUUCCAAUCCUUUGCAACGCAAUCCAUUGCACAUAGCAUCCUUCCUUGUGCCAAAGCUUACUGAUGAGGCACCAGCACAAUAUUUCCAGUACUCCGAAGGGGAUCUCGCAUCCGCCGAGAUGCUCGUCAGGAAACUCAUAACUUUGUUUCACUCUGUGGAACCCUCCAAACUGGAGCAUCCUCCCACUUACCUUCUCUAUUCCACACGUCAAAUCCGAAUCGUGCCUAGCAACGAGCUCUGCCCCCCAAUGCGGCUUUAUCGGAUUCACACCCUGGAGGACGUCAAUCGACUGGGGUAUAUAUUUACCCAUCGUCUCAAUGUGUUUAUGACCGUCUAUGUUAUCGCACGCUAUGUCUUUGGUACACCCCUCACUGACCUCUUGCUGGACCCUCAAACCGGUGAAGUACCGCGAGACGGCGUUUAUUGGCGCUGGCUGGAACGGUCAUGCCUCACGCGCUGUGAUUUUCUGGACGAAUUCAGAGCAGCGAAUAACAUCUCUCUGUCCGACCUGUUCAACGUCCUGGGCGUUCGAGGUGUUUUCACGACCGGAGCUGUGGAAUGGUUUGAACCGAUGUGCGAACUAGGCAAAUAUUGGGUUCUCGCAGGGCGACCUGCGGUGGACCUUGCCAUGCUCGCGAGAGGGAAAUUGUGGAGGGUCGCCGCGUUUGCACCAGAGGUGGUGCAGCUUAGUCAGCUCAUCGGGGAAUCUCAAACUUGGAGAAAGGAGGCCAAUGAAAGUGAUUGCGGACAGGACCCCCUGGAUAUACUGUCCGAUUGUUCAUUCAUCGGCAGUGAGGAUGCCGCGCCAACGCUGACAAAUCAAACUCAAGUAUAA